AUGGCUCUAGCUACACUUAAACAUGGAUUAUCCACCUCAGAAUGGACCGCCACGUCCGAAAAACUAGAGCAUCUCCGUGAUGGAGGUAGUAUAAUCCACGUCGACACCGAUGCCAACGGUGAAGGUAACAUGAUUUACAUACAACUCCAAAUACAAGUAGAACUCUUCGAUAAGUAUCCUGAGGCAAUUCAACUAGACGGAACCCAUCGGACUAAAAAAUUAGAAAUGCCUCUCUACACCAUAAGGAUAAAGGAUAAGUUUGGACUUGGACAGCCUGUUUGUUUCUUUUUCGUCCGUGAAGAAACAACUGAAGGGAUUAAGGCCGGCCUGACUUACUUUUCAAAGGAUAACAACGCACUAAAAAUCGAAGUGAUCAUCACAGACAAGGAUUAUGCAGAAAUCGGAGCAGUAAAGGAUAUAUUCGUCAACGCUAAGUCUAAACUUUGCCAUUUCCACGCUUUUCGGGCCGUAGACAUCUGUCUCCGAAAGACAAAUAUCGAAUUGAACCACAGGAAGGAAACUUAUGACAGCUUCCACAGAGCUGUCUACGCCAAAACGCAAGAGGAACUGGAGGUCGAAGAGGAUUACUUCGUGGCAUUAGAUAAUAGAGAUUAG